GGGAGGAGAGGAGCUGCUGCGCUGUGGACGUCCAUCCAUCCCCAUCUAUCCACCCAUCCAUUCUCCCCAGCUCCUGCCUCAAGACCCGAGCCCAUGGCGGUCAGCAGCUCCCUCACCGUGCUGUACCUGCUGGUCGUGUUGGUCGUGACUGAUUCCUCAAAGAGCUCGGGAGAUGUGAGGUGCAAGUGCAUUUGUCCUCCGUACAGGAACCUGACCGGCCACAUCUACAACAAGAACAUCUCCCAAAAAGACUGUAACUGCCUGCACGUGGUGGAGCCCAUGCCAGUACCUGGCCGUGAUGUGGAGGCUUACUGUCUACUGUGCGAGUGUAAAUAUGAAGAAAGAAGCACUACUACAAUCAAGGUAACAAUCAUCAUCUACCUGACUGUUGUUGGAGCUCUCCUGGUCUACAUGGCAUUCCUGAUGAUCGUGGAUCCACUAAUACGGAAACCGGACUCGUACACUCAGCCACUGCACAAUGAAGAAGACACUGAGGACACCCGGCCAUUCACUCCAUCUCAUGGACAAGCUCGUGCCAACACUGUCCUCGAGAGGGUGGAGGGAGCACAGCAGCGAUGGAAGCGUCAGGUGCAGGAGCAGCGGAAGACCGUCUUUGACCGACAUAAGAUGCUGAGUUAGACGGGGCCUCUUUCAACUCACUCUGAAUCAGGCCUAAUCAUGUCGCAGCUUUGAAGCAUGAAAGUUGGUGUUAAUUCUGAAAACUUAAUGCUCUCUCCCAGCUUUAUCGUCCAGUUGUAUGCACCAAACAUCAAAGUCACGCAUUAAAUAAUUUGCAUAGUAUAUUCCCUUUGAGGAUGAGUCUCUGAAAAGUGAUUCCCCUAAUGACCCUUUUAAAUGUGGCUCCCUAAUUAAAUGUUCAAAUGAUUAAAGGUCUGCACCUAUAAGAAAGCUUUGGCAGCAAAAUAUAGAAUAAAAGCUUCAGUGACAAA